AUGUCUUACUACUUUGGCGCCCUAGCGCUUGCCUCCCCAUUUGACUCCCAGAUUCAUCCGUGCCCUCAGCUCUGUGCAGCAUCCAGUGCAUCCCCUAAUCACUGGACUUCAUAUCAUUCGUGGGACCGCCUUGAGCGAUGCAACGAGGCUAUCCUCUUCAACCUCAAUGUCUUCAAUGAAUUUGGGGCGCAAACCAGCAUCCGAGCCUGCACCUUCGAGAGCCCCGUCAAUGUUAGCCAUGCAUUGUCAGAGUGUACUACCGGUACAAACACCUCAGUUAGCUUGCAACUGGCUUCCUGGAACACGACCACGUCCGUUGAAGCAUCCCCUUCGCUCUCCCUAGCGCUUGAGGCAAUACACAAUUAUGCCAUAAAUGCAUUUUCAUGCGAUUCAACAAUGGAAACCAUCAUCUUCGCUACUCAUGGCGAGGUUCUCAUUGGUGUGUACAUAGGCGGCCUCAUCGACAGCGUUUCCGCAAGCCGCACGCUUUCCACACACAUAUCCAAACAGCUGCAGGGGCCCUACCUACAAGAGGCGGUAGCAAUACAGGUCUGUGGCUCUGAGUAUGAUAGGGCUCAUACACUAGGCAUGAUUGUCAGCACCACAGGUGACUAUAGGCUGGUUCACACAGCCGUCCAAGCAUGGGCAAAGGCCUCGUGUGUCUCUGAAUAUGAUCAUGUCUAUGCCAGUAACACAACUGUGUUGGAGAGGUCAACAUCUAUUACCACCCCUAACCAUUCUAUUCAACCCAUCGAAAGCCGUGACGACGCCUGCUCUUAUGUUAUCGUCGCUUCCGGAGAUUCUUGCGCUUCGUUGGCUUCCAAGUGUGGCAUUACGGCAGCCGAGCUAUCGGACUACAACCCUAGUUCAAGUCUCUGUUCAACAUUAGCCCCUGGCGAAAUUAUCUGUUGCUCUGAGGGUUCUAAGCCCGACUUAUCUCCUCAGCCAACUUCAGAUGGCUUGUGCUACAGUUAUACAGUGGCCAGUGGAGACAAUUGUGCUCUGCUUGCUAGUAAAUACUACAUAACCACGGAUGAAAUCGAAGACUAUAACACGGACACCUGGGGAUGGAUGGGCUGUAGGAACCUACAGCUUGGGUCUGUCAUUUGCUUGAGCUCUGGUGCACCUCCCAUGCCCGCUGUGGUCUCGAAUGCUGAGUGUGGGCCUCAAGUAAAUGGCACAACCCGUCCCAGCAACUGGUCCGACAUCAGCGGCUUGAACCCAUGUCCCCUGAAUGCAUGCUGCGAUAUAUGGGGCCAGUGUGGUAUCACUCCAGAAUUCUGCACGGCGUCUGAAUCGACCACCGGGGCGCCUGGCACUGCGGCGAAUAACACCAAUGGCUGCAUUUCCAACUGCGGCACCGCAAUUGUAAACAACGAUACUGUGGUGAGCAAUGGGCUCAGAGUGGGCUAUUUCGAGGCGUACGGCGUGAACCGUUCGUGUCUUGCCAUGAACGCCAGUCAGCUUCCGUCCGCAUAUUCCCACGUGCAUUAUGCAUUCGGGGAGAUUACAAGCGACUUCAACGUCGAUAUAUCUGGCUCUGAAGACCAAUUCAAAGCGUUUGCUGCACUGCGGUCAUUCAAGCGUAUUCUUUCGUUCGGUGGCUGGUCGUUCUCUACUAGCUUGGGUUCAUACCCUAUUUUCCGACAAGGCGUCACCGAUGCUAACAGACUCACCUUUGCCCAGAAUGUGGUCUCUUUUGUCAAUGAUUACAAUUUGGAUGGUGUGGACUUUGACUGGGAGUAUCCCGACGCCCCAGAUAUUCCGGGACUUCCUCCCGGAAGUCCUACAGAUGGCCCAAAUUACCUGAGCUUCCUGCAGACACUCCGUGGCCUGCUUCCCUCAAAUAAGACUAUCUCCAUGGCAGCACCCGCUUCAUAUUGGUACCUCAGAGGAUUUCCCAUUGCGAACAUGUCUGAGGUGUUGGAUUACAUCGUCUAUAUGACAUAUGACUUGCAUGGACAGUGGGAUUACAACAACUCUUAUGUGAACCCGGGAUGCCCGACAGGAAAUUGUCUUCGCUCUCACGUCAACUUAACAGAAACCGAAUAUGCACUUGCUAUGAUUACCAAAGCUGGUGUCCCUGCCCAUAAGGUGGCGGUCGGUAUUGCAAGCUAUGGCCGCAGCUUUGGCAUGGUUGACCCCAGCUGCACAGGGCCUGAGUGUCUCUUUACGGGACCCGACUCUACGGCCACUCCUGGAGAAUGCACUGUGACAGCUGGUUAUAUCUCUCAGGCUGAAUUGGAACGACUAAAUCAUUCCAGCCUCGCUCGUCGUUCCGCCACGACAUGGCAUGAUAGCAGCAGUGACAGUGACAUGAUGACAUACGGCGACAACUCAUGGGUGGCCUACAUGACACAAGACACAAAGGCGUCUCGCAUAGAUCGAUACUCUAGCUAUGGUUUUGGUGGCGUAGUAGAGUGGGCAUUGGAUUUGACCAACUUUGUCGAAGGGGUCGAAGAGGCCGAAUCCAACCUCAACUUUACCGUCGUCGAAGAGGAAUUUACAGCCGCACUCUCUCUCAGCAAUUACGACAUUUCCAAUUUCAACACCUACAAUCUCAGUGUCCUCUACACAAAACUUAUUGGGUUCGACGGAUGUUCACCUGCGCAGCGUACCCAAAUAUACUCCGGAUGGCAACAGUCAUGGAAGAUAAUGAACUAUAUGUACAAGUUGGUAAAAGAUGAUGAUAUUGAUUUCACUGGAUUGGAUGCCAUUGACUUCCUCGGCCUCGCUUACUCCAACCGAAAGUUACGGGACAACUUCAAAGAAAUCUUUAUGAACCUUGCUACCAUCCAGCCGGGCUGGCUCCCGUCCUGGUUUGACUGGAGAAUCGCUAUUCGCUGCGAUGACCCAAAAUAUCAAUGCCCGUGUGAAGCCGCCUCUCUGACAAUAGCGUAUACUGGGCAGAAAGAUGCAAAAUACCAAGUCGCGUACAUCAACUUUUGCCCCAGGUAUUUCGGUACGCAUACAUUGGAUGAGGUUAUGGUAUACGCUGAUAUGGACAAUUAUGCGGAGCGUAUAGCCGGCAACAUGAUGACUUACUAUAACAACCAAGCCAGAGUAUGGUUGCAUGAGCUCCUCCAUAUUGACUGGGUCUCAAAGGCAGGCGAAUAUGGGAGAAAUCUUCACAUCAGCGACCUGAAAAUCGGCUAUAAGAAUGAGAAGAACGAGAUGGAAUGGUACGAUACAUAUGGGCCGGUGCCUUGCAAAGCGCUGGGUAGGGUUAGUGGCGUCCCGAGUGCCUACACAAUCCAAAACGCCGAUAGCCUCGCCUUAUACGCACUUGCUAAGUACGUGUGGAGCACGUUGGGUGAAUAUCCAUAUCUCCCAUUGGCACCAGCGGCUCCCAAGAAAGUCAGCAUUCCAAUGUACAUUCCCGAAAUGUUUACGGUCUACCCCAAUGGAACGGGUGUUGCGGAUUCGAAUACUACACUCGAUGAUGAGCUGAAAUGGAGCCCAAGCGAAGGGGUUUGCGCCGCCGUUGAUGAUGAGGACUAUGAUGCAGACCCUACAGUGAUGGUUACCAUCACGACCUGGCCACUAGAGACAGACUAUCCUGCCACGUACCUGUCCAGUUGGUCGUCAUGGGCCGGGCUGACACCUACAACAACAGCUGUCACAACCGCAACAGCUACUCCAACGGCAACCUGGACCAUAACCAUUUAUGCAGAGAAGGAUUGUGCUGGUGACCACUACAUCGUAGAAGGUCACAACCAAGACACUACAAGCGACAAGUGUCUCGUUAUAAGUGACCUCAGUUCAACCGACACAACCAGCGCGUCAUGUCGGUGGUACUCAAGCGGCAGCGACACGUACACCUCGUGUGAUGAGAGCUCACUAACCGAGCCCCUUUCAUGGCAACUGUCGGGGACAGGUGCUGAAUGUACUGCGUUCGACAAUGACUCCUGCAAUGAUAAUGGAGAUGAGGAUGCAUAUACUACCUCUGAAGGUUGCCAUAAUUACAGCGAAAAGGAUCUUGACACGAAGACCUGGAAGGCUUUGAAGUGUGGAAUGUAGGAUGUGUGUGUGUAAACCCUUUCUCUCAGUGUCAUCGCGGUUCCGGCCAUGGCAGAAUCUAU